AUGAGUGGAACGCGCUGUUCCACGGAACAGAUUUUGGAUGAUUUUUUGUUCCACACCCCCACCCUGGAACGGGUUGUUCCACCGCCACGUCAUCACCACCCAGGCCUCGUAUCGGUCAUGGUGGUGAACAACGAGAUUGGGGUUAUUCAGCCGAUGGAGGAAAUUGGGGAAAUUUGCAAGGAGUUCAAAAUUCCAUUCCAUACGGACGCGGCUCAAGCGCUUGGGAAGAUCCCAAUUGAUGUGGACAAAUGGAAUGUGAGUUUGAUGUCCCUUUCGGGGCACAAGGUUUACGGGCCAAAGGGGAUCGGAGCUUUAUACAUGAGGAAGAGGCCAAGAAUUCGGGUGGAGCCCCAAAUGAAUAGAGGUGGACAGGAGAGAGGGAUUCGGAGCGGAACUGUUCCGACUCUAUUGGUGGUAGGGUUUGGUGCGGCCUGCGAAAUUGCGAAGAAGGAAAUGGAGUAUGAUGAGAAGAGGGUAAAAGCGUUGCAGGAUCGAAUGUUGAAGGGAAUCAGGAAGAACCUUGAUAUGGUUGUGGUGAAUGGUAGCGAGGAGAGACCCCUUUUGCCAGGAGAGACCACACGGAAAUUCAAUGAAAUUCAAUGAAAUUAUUCUGCUUCAAAUUGUUUUUUCCUUUGAUGUGUCUUGGUGAUGCACCUGCCAAUCCAUAGGAGAAUAUAUGUACAGUGUGACCCCUUUUGCCAGGAAGGCUUUACGAUUGGUCAAUUCUGAUCAGAAUUAUACCAUCAGCGUUUAUGCUAUAUUCUGUAAAGAUUAUAAACUAAGAUGGGUAAGCAGUAAUCUAGACAUUGGUUUGGAAAUUAUAA